CAAACACCCCACACCGGUUCCGAUGUUGCUCCUUCCUCACGCUGCAGGUCUAUGGAAAUGCAGGAUCUAACCAGCCCGCAUAACCGACUGAGUGGUAGUAGCGAAUCCCCCAGUGGUCCCAAACUCGAUAGCUCUCAUAUAAAUAGCACUUCCAUGACUCCCAAUGGCACGGAAGUUAAAACAGAGCCAAUGAGCAGCAGUGAAAUAGCUUCAACAGCAGCAGACGGGUCUUUAGACAGUUUCUCAGGUUCAGCUCUCGGGAGCAGCAGCUUUAGUCCAAGACCAGCUCACCCAUUCUCUCCACCACAGAUUUAUCCUUCCAACAGACCAUACCCACAUAUUCUCCCUACCCCUUCCUCACAAACUAUGGCUGCAUAUGGGCAAACACAGUUUACCACAGGAAUGCAACAAGCCACAGCCUACGCCACGUACCCACAGCCAGGACAGCCCUAUGGAAUUUCCUCCUAUGGUGCAUUGUGGGCAGGCAUCAAGACGGAAGGAGGAUUGUCACAGUCUCAGUCACCUGGACAGACAGGAUUUCUCAGCUAUGGCACCAGCUUUGGUACCCCUCAACCUGGACAGGCACCAUACAGCUACCAGAUGCAAGGUAGCAGUUUUACCACAUCAUCAGGAUUAUAUGCAGGAAAUAAUUCACUCACCAAUUCCUCUGGAUUUAACAGUUCGCAGCAGGACUAUCCAUCUUACCCCGGCUUUGGCCAGGGUCAGUAUGCCCAGUAUUAUAACAGCUCCCCGUAUCCAGCACACUAUAUGACAAGCAGCAACGCCAGCCCAACAACACCAUCGACCAACGCCACUUACCAACUCCAAGAACCACCUUCUGGCAUCACAAGUCAGGCGGUCACAGACCCCACAGCAGAGUACAGUACGAUCCACAGCCCUUCAACGCCCAUUAAAGAUUCUGAUUCUGAUCGACUGCGUCGAGGUUCAGAUGGGAAGUCACGUGGCCGAGGCAGAAGAAAUAAUAAUCCCUCACCUCCUCCGGAUUCUGAUCUUGAGAGAGUGUUCAUCUGGGACUUGGACGAGACAAUCAUAGUUUUCCAUUCCUUGCUCACGGGGUCCUAUGCCAACAGAUACGGGAGGGACCCACCUACUUCUGUUUCCCUGGGGCUGCGAAUGGAGGAGAUGAUCUUUAACUUGGCAGACACACAUCUGUUUUUCAAUGACCUGGAGGAAUGUGACCAAGUCCAUAUAGAUGAUGUUUCAUCAGAUGACAAUGGCCAGGACCUGAGCACGUACAACUUCGGGACAGAUGGCUUUCCUGCUGCCGCCACCAGCGCUAAUUUGUGCCUGGCCACUGGUGUCCGAGGCGGUGUGGACUGGAUGAGAAAGCUGGCCUUCCGCUACAGACGUGUAAAAGAAAUCUACAACACCUACAAAAACAAUGUGGGAGGUCUGCUCGGCCCAGCUAAGAGGGAAGCCUGGAUCCAGCUGAGGGCCGAGAUAGAAGCGCUCACAGACUCCUGGCUGACCCUGGCCCUGAAGGCCCUCUCCCUCAUCCACUCCCGGACGAACUGUGUGAAUAUUUUAGUAACGACGACCCAGCUCAUCCCGGCGUUGGCGAAAGUCCUGCUGUAUGGGUUAGGAAUUGUGUUUCCAAUAGAGAAUAUUUAUAGUGCGACUAAAAUAGGAAAGGAGAGCUGUUUCGAGAGGAUAAUCCAAAGGUUUGGAAGGAAAGUGGUGUAUGUUGUCAUAGGAGAUGGUGUGGAAGAAGAGCAAGGGGCAAAAAAGCAUGCUAUGCCCUUCUGGAGGGUCUCCAGUCACUCGGACCUCAUGGCCCUGCAUCAUGCCUUGGAAUUAGAGUACCUGUAACAGCCUCGUGCCAAUUUGACACUGCGCAACUGCCCUGUGGCCAGAGACAAUCCAGCAGGCCUCAGUCUUGUGUCAGUGCUGGACUGUGGAAUGUACCAAUCUCAACAUAUGGAUGAAUGGCUGCUGUGGUCUUGACUGCUCCCCUCCAGGUUAAUGGAGGACCAUGUGUAUUUCUUCAGAACAGCUGUUGACUCUAGUACUGUGAAUCCAAUGAAAAUAAGCCAUGAGAAUGUU